GACCUCGACUCGAGUCCCGUGUGCUCUUUGCCGUCGCCUUUGCCUUCGACUUCUUUGGCUUGGCUUGGGCCAAAGUCUGAACUAACUUGUUUUGCUUGCUGAGAGAUCUGGAGAUCCAGGAAUCUAGUUGUGUGCCUGGCCCUGUUGCUGUGCCGGGCCUACGUGAGUACGUGUUAUAAGUGUAGUUAGUACAGGUAUAUCUGCCUCGAUAGCUGUCGUAGUGUGGUAGAAGGCAACCAUCAAUCUGUGGAAGUAACAAGUAUUAGUUUAAGUUUACAGUACACUAAAAAUCAUUCAAUUUUUGAAUUAUUUGUCAGAAAUGCCUGCUUUUCCUGAGCAGCAGGAGGUACCGGUAUGUCUAAAGACAGCAAAGUCAGCUUCAGCGAGCAGUCAUCCUCGGCCAAGAGAAAGGUCUACGCUCUCCGCGUAGCAGAGCUUCAGGGAUUUUUGCAGUCUUGCAAUUUGAACAAAAACGGCAAAAAGGAUGAACUUCGUCAAAGGGCUUUGACCUUCAUCAACAAUGCCAUUCAGAGUGGGUCUUUUCUGCCAGUAUCGGCCAAGCUUGACCUAUAUUACCAAAAGCGGUUUCCGCAAGCGGCAACACUGCCAACAGCAGUACCUCGCCAUGGUCCUGGGGGUGUACAGAAGCAAUUGGCGUCGAGUUCGAAUUCUGCCGUAGAUGUUCAAUUCAAGGCACUGCCAUUUCAUGAAAAGCUGGAGACUCUCUUGAAGCCCAUUCUGCUGCCUUCGUUUGACAGUAGAGCAAGCAUGGCUCCUCGAAAUAUGGAGCUUGAGUGCAGGCUGACUCCGCAGCAGGGUGCUCGCGUGGAAGAAGGCCGUCGCACGGUUCCAUCAGUGUACGGACCUGGCCACAAGAGCGACCUUCACUUCACCGUGGAGGUGCUGGUCCGGUUUGCUGCAUGUGAGCUGAGCUGUACGCAGGACGAUCAGUACCCGCCCAAGUGCCAGCUCAGCGUCAAUGGACGGACCGUGAUCAUGCCGGGUUAUCAGAUGGCCAAGCCGUCCGGCGAGAUGAAAAAGCAUGGUCAGCCGGUGGAGAUAACUGCCAACAUGCUACUCAGCGGCAGGAACAAGAUACAACUCGUGUGCUCUCCCGUGCCAGAGAUCACGCGCAAGUAUGUUGUCACUGUGGAGCUUUGCUUGAAGCGCUCAUCGGCCGAGCUGCUGCAGCAGGUAUGUCAGCGUGUCCGCAGUGCAGACAUGUGCCGUGCGCUCAUCAAAGAUAAGCUGACUGGCGGUGGCGAUGCAGAGAUUGCAACCACCAGCUUGCGCAGUUCGCUGAAGUGCCCGCUGGGAAAGACGCGGCUCGUCUAUCCCGGCCGCUCGAUGAACUGUAAGCAUGUCAACUGCUUUGACAUGGCCAAUUUCCUGCAGAUGAAUGAGAAGAAAGCCCGCUGGGUGUGUCCAAUUUGUGACUGCCUAGCCAUUUUUGACAGCCUUAUGAUCGACGGACUGAUGAAGGAGGUGCUGGAUAAGUGCCCGUCGUCAGUCGACCAUAUCGAGUACAUGGCGGACGGUACGUGGACGCCGUACAACCCUCGUGAUGCCAACCAGCGUAGGGCGACGGGCGGCCCGGCAUCCUGUGCGACCAAUGCUGUUGGCAGUGCAGCAGUGUCUACAGUGUCUGAUGAUAUUGUCCCUGUUGUGUUUGACCUGUCAGACAGCUGCCAUAGCUUGGAGCCGUGCGAGCAAGAGCAAGAGGCAGGCGGUGAUGGCCGCGCAGCCGCAGCAGGGCCAGACGUUAUUGAUCUGACUAUGGACACCGACUCAGACGAUGAUGACAGUGCUGCUGCUGCUGGUAGUGGUGGUGCCGGUGCUGCUGCUGCUGCUGCUGCUGGUGGUGGUGGUGGUGGACAUGGUAUGUUGAGUGCUACCGGUGGUAGUGCCACUACUGCUGAUGAAGCAAUGGCGACAGAAACAGCGGCAAUGUCAGGUCCGGGGUCGCGCGACAGUAGUAUUGCCAAGGGAACUACUGGCAUGUCGGCAGCGCCGAUUGGUAAGCGGUCCGACACGCUGGACAGCAUAUCGUCAGCUCAGUCGACUAACGUGGAGACAGGCUUGGUACUGGGCAGUGAGGCUGAUCUGAGUGCGUAUACUGGUGCUGGCCUGAGUGUCUGCCCUCCACUAUCCUCCUUGACUCCAUCCAUAUUAGGAAUCGGACCGGUACCUUCUUCGUCAGCAACAGCGUAUCCGUACCCCACUGAUCCAUCGAGCUAUACCCCCUUUAUGGAUCAGCCCUGGCCCGAGCAGCCUUACUACCAUAGCAGUAGUAGAACUACAGGGCCGUCGACUAGAAAUGCACUGCUGCCUGCCAACGAAACGGGCAUGUGGCAUUACGACCAUGGCUUGGACGCCACCACCAUGAGUUCUCUGCCAGCGGAUGUGGAUACUAGUAGCGGUGGAAAUGUUGCCGCCGCCGGCGGUGGCAGUCAGAGCAUUGUUCACUCGUUUGACACGCCACCCGCUUACAGUCCCUUGCCACUACCCUCGCAGCAGCAGUACAACUAUGGUGGACCGUUCGGAGCACCCCCUGCGUAUUCUCCCGUCUAUAUGCCUUCUCUGGACCGGCGCUCAUCGGCUGCUGCAGCAGCAGCAGCUCCGGCCUGUUCGUCUCCAACUCAGCCGUAUCCUGUCCUUUACCCGCAGGAGGAAUCUACUCGUAGAACUACACGUGCUGAUUCAUCCUCCUCCUAUUUGUAGCAUCAACACUAAGCUAAGCAGUUCCUCUCCAUGGCUGCUGACAGCUCUGGUCCAGACCAAAAGAAAUUACUUGUGAAUUUGUAUAGAAACAACAAAAGAACAGCACGAAAACUGGCUCCAUCCGAAAUCUUGAUUACUGUAAGGUCUGCUUCGCUGCUACUGCCGGGUAAUAGUUUCUAUCAUUAUUCUUCAAUCCGACUGCAUAGUGCAUCCCAUCCAAGCAACAAGUAAUAUAAACGGCACUAUUCGCCUACAGCAUAACAAGCAUAAAACCGCGCAUGAUAUUAUAUAUUCACUAGCAGUACAAAACGUGCCUGCUGUAGCGCCAUCGUCCGGGAAGCACAGCCCGCCAUCAUUUUCAUGGUCACUCUGCGCCGCUGCUGCGUGUGCUGUACGUCGUGCACCACACAGUAUUCUAGGUGUGUGCGUACACCGGUGUGCAAUAUAUCUGUUGAGGCUUUUUCUUUUUUAUAUCAUCCUUAGGCACUCUGUUUUGACUUGCUCGUUUUGAAAAUGAAUAUUUAAGUACGUAUCAUGUUACGUGCCAGUGCUCGCUUCGUACCCUGCGUGUCAGUCUUGAACAUACGGUACAUUUCUUCGGGCUUGCGCCGCUACUUUAGAUUUCGUCUCUGUGUUUUGUCCCUCGUUCCUUCUUCUUUUGAGUUCAGCAGUUUCAUCAUUACCUCUCUGUCUGGUGUAUUGUUUUUUUUUAUAUGUAUCCGUACGUCCUUCAAUUGUGUGGUUUUUAAUCCGUUGAAGCAAUGCUUUCACAGUC